AUGAGUCAGAAUGCUGAAGAAGCUCAAGACAAACGUGCUGUUCCCCGUUUGAAUGAAAGGAUUCUUUCAUCUUUGUCAAGGAGAUCAGUAGCUGCCCACCCUUGGCAUGAUCUUGAAAUUGGACCUGAAGCUCCCUAUAUUUUCAAUGUUGUUGUGGAGAUCACUAAAGGAAGCAAGGUCAAAUAUGAACUUGACAAAAAGACUGGAUUAAUUAAGGUUGACCGGGUUUUGUAUUCAUCCGUUGUUUAUCCUCAUAACUAUGGUUUUAUCCCUCGCACACUCUGUGAAGACAAUGAUCCGAUUGAUGUCUUGGUGCUCAUGCAGGAGCCAGUCGUUCCUGGCUGUUUCCUACGAGCAAGGGCCAUUGGACUUAUGCCCAUGAUUGACCAGGGAGAGAAGGAUGAUAAAAUUAUUGCAGUAUGUGCUGAUGAUCCAGAGUAUAAGCACUUUACUGACUUCAAAGAACUUGCACCUCAUCGCCUCACUGAGAUCCGACGCUUCUUUGAAGACUACAAAAAGAAUGAGAACAAGGAGGUAGCAGUUAAUGAUUUUCUACCUCCAAGCACUGCUGUUGAAGCCAUCCAGUACUCCAUGGAUCUUUACGCGGAGUAUAUUCUGCACACCUUGAGGCGAUAG